AUGGCGCAGCAAGCAGUGCAGAAGAACACGCUGUAUGUAGGAGGGUUGGCGGAGGAGGUGAACGAAUCGAUUCUGCACGCGGCGUUCAUACCCUUUGGGGACAUCAAGGACGUGAAGACGCCGCUGGACCAAGCCACACAGAAGCACCGGUCUUUUGGCUUCGUCACAUUCUUGGAGAGAGAGGAUGCAUCCUCCGCCAUGGACAAUAUGGACGGCGCCGAGCUCUACGGCCGCGUCCUCACCGUCAAUUAUGCCCUCCCUGAGAAAAUCAAGGGUGGUGAACAGGGUUGGGCCGCUCAGCCCAUCUGGGCAGAUGCAGACACAUGGUUUGAGAGGCAGCAACAAGAAGAGGAAAUGCAGCGUAUGCAGGCCGAGAACCGGGCUGCCAUGCAGGCUGCGGAAGAGUUACACAGGAAAAAGAAGACAGAGGAGCGAGAGGGGGAGAAAGAAGAGGAAAUCGAGAUGAAGGAUGACCCCAUGGCAAGGGCUGAAGCAGAGGUUUUGAAACAGAAUGACUAG